AACUAUCAAAGUCUCGUAGACGUUACCGCCACAGCAGCAGAGCAAAGCAAAGCGAAACGCAGCCAUGGUGAAGUCGUACCUUCGGUACGAGCAGGCGGCGGUCUUUGGCGUCAUCGUCUCCGUCGAUUCGAACAUUACCUACGACAGCUCCGGAAAGCACCUUCUCGCUCCGGCUCUGGAAAAGGUCGGCGUGUGGCACGUACGACAAGGCGUUUGCACUAAAACCCUAAUCCCUGCUGUUCCCACUAAAGGGCACUCUCUCUCCGUCACCUCCAUCGCGUCCUCGCAUACUUCUCUGGUGGCUAGUGGGUAUGCUGAUGGUAGUAUAAGAAUUUGGGAUUCUGACAAAGGAACCUGCGAGACAACAUUGAAUGGACAUAAAGGAGCAGUCACUGCCUUACGGUACAACAAGCUUGGAUCUAUGCUUGCAUCUGGAGGCAAAGAUAAUGACAUUAUAUUAUGGGAUGUAGUUGGUGAGACUGGCCUAUAUCGCCUCCGUGGGCAUCGAGAUCAGGUCACUGACCUUGUCUUCUUGGAUUCUGGUAAAAAACUCGUCAGUUCAUCGAAAGAUAAAUUUUUGAGGGUGUGGGAUCUUGAUACCCAGCAUUGCAUGCAGACAAUUAGUGGCCAUCAUAGUGAAGUUUGGUCCAUAGACAGCGAUCCAGAAGAAAGAUAUUUGGUCACUGGGUCAGCGGAUCCAGAACUGAGGUUUUACACCAUUAAGCAUGACAUGGAAGAUGGCCAAUCCAUUUCUAAUGUGAGCGGAACUGAAAUUGUGAACGGUGGUGAUCCACCCACCCAAAAUAAAUGGGAAGUUUUGAAGCUGUUUGGUGAAGUUCGGCGGCAAAGCAAGGAUAGAGUUGCAACUGUGAGAUUCAACAAGUCUGGAAAUUUGCUGGCCUGCCAAGUGGCAGGAAAGACAGUAGAUGUAUUUCACGUACUGGAUGAGGCUGAAUCAAAGCGUAAGGCAAAACGUAGGCUUCACCGGAAGAAAGAGAAAAAAUCAGCGAAAGGGGCACCUGAGGUGAUGGAAAAUGGAGACACAAAUCGUGGAGCUGGAGAAGAUGGAAGUAGUCUUGUGGUUACAGUUCCUGAUGUCUUUAAGCUUCUUCAAACAAUUCGAGCUAGCAAAAAGAUAUGUUCCAUCUCUUUCUGUCCAAACACUCCAAAGAGUUCGCUAGCUACAAUAGCUUUGUCUUUGAACAAUAAUUUAUUGGAAUUUUAUUCUGUUGAGAGCAACACAACAACAAAAACACAUGCUGUAGAGCUCCAAGGACAUCGAUCUGAUGUCAGAAGUGUAACACUUAGCUCAGACAAUUCACUCUUGAUGUCAACUAGUCACAAUGCAGUAAAAAUUUGGAAUCCAAGUACUGGUUCCUGCCUUCGAACUAUUGAUUCCGGAUACGGCCUGUGUAGUUUUAUCUUUCCUAACAGCAAGUAUGCACUUGUUGGAACUAAAGGUGGAACAAUGGAAAUUAUUGAUAUUGGUAGUGGCACUUCCGUUGAAGUAGUGGAAGCUCAUGGUGGCUCUGUUCGUUCCAUUGCAGCCAUUCCCAAUGAAAAUGGUUUUGUCACAGGAAGUGCAGAUCAUGAUGUUAAGUUUUGGGAAUAUCAAUUUAAACAAAAGUCUGCCCAAGAUUCUAAGCAACUAAUGGUGUCAAAUGUAAGGACUAUGAAGAUGAACGAUGAUGUCCUUGUGGUUGCUGUCAGCCCUGAUGCCAAAUAUAUUUUGGUUGCGCUGUUGGAUUGCACAGUGAAGGUUUUCUUUUUGGACUCGCUCAAACUUUUCCUUUCCUUAUAUGGUCACAAGCUUCCUGUUCUAUGUAUGGACAUUUCAUCUGAUGGAGAUCUGAUAGUGACUGGAUCUGCUGACAAAAAUAUGAAGAUUUGGGGUUUAGAUUUUGGUGAUUGUCAUAAAUCCAUUUUCGCUCAUGCUGACAGUGUCAUGGGAGUGCAAUUUGUACGAAAUACACAUUACAUGUUUAGUGUUGGGAAAGAUCGCCUAGUAAAAUACUGGGAUGCUGACAAAUUUGAGUUGCUUUUAACUCUUGAGGGACACCAUGCUGAUGUUUGGUGCCUUGCAAUUAGUAACCGUGGUGAUUUCAUUGUCACGGGGUCUCAUGACCGAUCAAUACGUCGUUGGGAUCGUACUGAAGAGCCAUUUUUUAUUGAGGAAGAGAAAGAAAAAAGGUUGGAAGAGUUGUUUGAGUCUGACCUCGAUAAUGCGUUUGAGAACAGGUACGCACCCAACGAAGAAAUCCCUGAGGAGGGAGCUGUGGCCUUAGCAGGGAAGAAAUCAAAAGAAACAAUUACCGCGACUGAUUCAAUUAUAGAUGCACUAGAUAUAGCUGAGGUAGAAUUGAAGCGAAUUGCCGAACAUGAGGAGGAGAAAAGCAGGGGAAAAGUUGCUGAGUUUCAACCAAAUAUUGUUUUGCUUGGUCUCUCUCCAUCUGAUUAUGUUCUUCGCGCAGUUUCAAAUGUCCAGACAAAUGAUCUGGAGCAGACACUACUGGCUUUAUCAUUCUCAGAUGCUUUGAAGCUCUUGUCUUACUCGAAGGACUGGAUUUUGCAUCCUGAUAAGGUUGAACUCAUCUGCAGAGUUGUUACAUUGCUAGUACGGACACAUUAUAAUCAGUUGCAUAGUACACCUGCAGCAAGACCUGUGUUGGGUGCUUUGACAGAGAUUCAUCCGAGAGUUAAGGAAUGCAAAGAUAUCAUUGGUUACAACCUUGCAGCAAUGGAGCAUAUUAAGCAAGUGAAGGCUUCAAAAUCAGGUGCAUUAUUUCAAGAUGCAAAAUCAAAGUUACAAGAAAUUCGCGCCCAACAUUCUAAGCGACUGGAAACAAAGACAGAUCUGAGAGAAGAAAAUGGAAGAAAGAGAAGGAGAAAGAACAAGAAUUCAAGUGAUGUACAUGUUAGAUUGUUCGACAAAUGAGUUGAGUCUGCUAAAACUGGCUUAUUUGAGAAAUUUACACUCCGGCGUGUAUUAAACCUACUAAAUGGGAGAAGAAUUCUCCACCGACUGGAAGGGCCUCAGCAAUCUGCAAUGCUGCUAUCAGUUUCAUCAAGGCAGGUGUAUAAAUCUCCCCAAAUUGUUUCCAUUUACUGCACUGCUGGUGGUCCAUCCCAGACUUUCCAACCGGUGGAUAUUUUGGCCCCGUGUUCUGGGAGAAUCUUCGUAGUGAAAAAGGAUUGCGGAGAUUCCGGUUUUGUAACAAGUUUAAAUCAACCUCCUUAUUAAUGUAUUAACCAAGUAAAAAUUUUUGCUGGCUGAUGCCAACAGUGUGUUCCUAGUACUCAGAGUCAAAUGAAUUUUCACAUAAGAUUUUGAGCAUCAAUGGUUUUUAAACCACA